GCCAAGGAACAGCUGAAGCAUCCAUUGGGAUCGAGAUUCCAGGGAUGCUGCAGGAUGAGGAACUGGGUGGGGGGAGGCAGUGCCGGUGGCACCACACUCUGCAUGUGCUCCCACCGGGACUGUUCCCAGUUAUUUGGGUUAGCAGGAGCCAGGUCAUCCCGUAUUCCCUCCAGCCCGGCAUUGCCAGCAGGUGCCACCAACUCCCGGUUUCCCUUGUCAUGGGCUGGGAUGGACGCCCCUGAGAAACUGGUAAAGGUGCUGGGGGAACAAUCCCAGCGAGGAGCUGGGUGCUGCCUGCACCCCAGCAAACCCAUUUGCAUGCAUGGACUCUGGUGUGGCCUGGGACAGCAUGGCAUGGCAUGGCACGGCGCAGGGAUGCUUCCCUUAGGGUCCGGGACGUGGCCCUGAGAGGGAUACUGGAGGAGGUCAGUGGCAAAUGGCCAGCCCCUGGGUACCCCUGCCCUGUGCUGGAGGAGCUAGAUGAUCCGGGCAUCACCACAGCAGCUGGGCAUGGCGCUCGGCCCCCGCCAGCUUGGUCUGCCACCCCCCUGGCGGAUUUGUCACUUGAGAAGCCACCGGGACGGCUCCCAAAAUAGCAGCUGCCAGUCACAGCAGCUCUGCUCGCCCCAGUGCUGCGGUGCUGCUGGGCCAGCACAGGCCGCCCCAGGCCUUGUUGGGCAGCUGCAGCCUUGGCACCACCACUCCGGUGCCGGCAGGACGGUGCAGAGCCACGUUUUGUUCCCCACUGAGGCCGGGAUUAGCAGCCAGACAAUGAGAAUGCAGCGCUGGGGCAUGGCCGUCAACGUGUACUCGACGUCGGUGACCAGCGAGAACCUGAGCCGCCACGACAUGCUGGCCUGGGUCAAUGACUCCCUGCAACUCAACUACACCAAGAUCGAGCAGCUCUGCUCCGGGGCUGCCUAUUGCCAGUUCAUGGACAUGCUGUUUCCUGGCUGCGUCCACCUGCGGAAGGUCAAGUUCCAGGCUAAACUGGAGCAUGAGUAUAUCCACAACUUCAAGGUGCUGCAGGCGGCCUUCAAAAAGAUGGGGGUGGACAAGAUCAUCGCAGUGGAGAGGCUGGUGAAAGGUAAAUUCCAGGACAACUUCGAGUUCAUCCAGUGGUUCAAGAAGUUCUUUGAUGCCAACUACGACGGGAAGGAGUACAACCCGCUGCUGGCACGGCAGGGCCAGGAUGCUGCACCCCCCCCAAACCCAGGUGAUCACAUCUUCAACAAACCCAAGAAACCCAUUGGCACUGCAGUCCCCCAGAGGACCUCCCCCACCGGCCCUAAAAACACGCCGAACCCAGCUCGCCUCGGCACUGUCCCCAGCGGCAUCCUCCGGAAGAACUCCCCAGCUGCCCGGAAUGGGAGCACUGAGGCUGACGCACAGAUCCUGGAGCUCAACCAGCAGCUGAUGGACCUGAAGCUGACGGUGGACGGGCUGGAGAAGGAGCGAGAUUUCUAUUUCAGCAAACUGCGGGACAUCGAGCUGAUCUGCCAGGAGCAUGAGAACGAGAACAGCCCCAUCAUCACUGGCAUCAUCAGUGUCCUUUAUGCUACAGAGGAGGGCUUCGCCCCACCAGAGGACGAUGAGCUGGAGGAGCAGCAGCCAGAGGACCAGGACGAGUACUAACCCCAGCACGUCCCACGCCCCAUGCCGCCCUGCUCCGCCCCCCCCAACAGACAUUUGAGGUCCGAGCCCGCGCCUCGCCCCGCACCGUCACACACCACCACGGCCUCCGGCGGCCGAACCGCCGCUGUGGCCGCCAGCAGCACCGGGGGAACGCCGCGGUCUCCAUCAUCAACCGAUGUCCAUUCCACCAGGAGCACGGCUGUGCCCACGUUGGGGGGGGGUGGGGGGUGGGGACGGGCUGUGCCCGCCGGGGCCUGGCCCGUGUCACCCUCACCCUGUAUUUAUUUUCCGUUGUCCUCUCCGGUGCGGCUGCCGCGGCCGCCCCGCUGCUCCCCCCGCCCCCAGCCUGAGAGAAAGAGCGAGUCCUGGAGUGGUUUUCCCCGGGGGGUGGGGGGAGCCUGCUGCCUGCGCUGCCCGCACCCUGCCGGCCCAGGGAUGGGUGCUGGUACCGCGGCACAAGGGUCGGUGCUCCCUCGGGCAGCCUGUGUGGGGGUCUCAGCUCAAGAGACAAGAGGUUUUUGCUUCAGGUUCCUGCGAAGAUAAAAAAAGAAACCUCGGACGUGGCCGCAGGCAGCGGGCGGGGGGGAGGGGUGGGAAACCAGCCACCCCAGGCCAGGACGGAGGAUCCCGGAGUGGGAGCUUGUCCCCUCUGCGACAUGGGGGCGGCGGUGCCACUCUCUGCUGCGGGUCCCCUCCCCUUGCCCGUGGCCACCGAGGACCCCCCGCUGGCCAGGCGAGCGCUGGGGCGGGUUGUGCCGCGAGGGUCCCGCAGCUCCUGCUCCGGCCGUUGUGUCCCCCCCCCUCAUCGCAUCGCUUGUCUGGUCUGUCACUCCGGUCGCAAAGCCUGCAUCUGUGUUCGGUUUUAUUUAAAAUAAACUCGUGUGAUAA